CUCAUCUACAUCUUGGAUGACCUGAGGUCAUGUCUUCGGGAUUGUGAGACACUGGACAGCGAAGACCUUGCACAGCAAAGCACUUCAGAGAACCUGUUGUUGGGAGCCUGCACCUGGGCAGAGGUCAGAGGUCAAAGAUGGAACAGUGCAGAUGGAAAGGAUGGAGUAGAAUCCUGUGUGUUUUCAUCUUGAAUUUUUCAGGUUUGGUGUCAGUCGAGGGGUCUGGUCGCUGUAGUCUGUUUAGCCGGCAGCAUAUACACACAUUUGACGGUGUGAUUUAUGAGUUCCCUGGAGACUGCAGCUACAUGCUGGCGGGAGACUGCCAACACAGAAGCUUCUCCAUACUGGGUAAAAGCCACAGGAUAGAGCAUAUAAAAUUUAAUUCUGAAUUUUUCCCCUCCAGGCUCCCAUUGCCGUAUGCAUCGAGCUCUGUGUUUGCAGGGUAUGAGCUGGGGUAUGUUCGGUUAUGGAGCGAAGAGUUCGGGUUCUCCAUCCGUAUAGAUCCCUCGCAUAACAUUCAACUAAUGCUCGCCAAGCAGCACAGCAACCGUACGUGUGGCCUGUGUGGAAACUACAAUUAUUUGGUGGAGGAUGAAUACACCGCACAAGAAGGUUUUCUGACAGAUGAUCCAUAUGACUUUGCAAACUCCUGGGCCAUGAAAGGAGCAGAUGAACCCUGUAAACGCAUCUUGCCCCCGUCUCAGAGCUGCAACAGCACCGGAGAAUCAGCUAAAGAUCAGAUGUCACGGUGUGAAGCCAUGAGCAGCUCUACGCUCUACCUGCGUUGUGCUCACCUCAUGGAUGCGGCUGCGUUUGUGUCCGUGUGCGAGUCUGACGCCUGUCACUGCAGUACGGGAGAUGACUGCGUGUGCCAGGCCAUGCUGGAAUACGCCCGUACCUGUGCCAGUCGCGGCAUAACACUGUUCAACUGGCAUGUACAGAGCCAGUGCUCCCCUAAGUGUCCUAUUGGCAUGGAGUACAGCGAUUGCACCCCGACCUGUUCCACUUCCUGUCAGAAUAUAAACAUCCAGGAAGUCUGCAAGGAGGAGUGUGUCGACGGCUGCAACUGUCCAGCGGGUAAGGUGCUGGAUGGAGAUCGUUGUGUUGAUGUCUCUCAAUGCUCCUGCAUGCAUGCGGGACGCCGAUACCCUCCUGCUUCCUCCAUAUCGCAGGACUGCAACACAUGCGUCUGUCGCCAUGGAUCAUGGGAAUGUACCAAUGAAGAAUGCCCUGGGGAGUGUCUGGUGACAGGACAGUCCCAUUAUAAGACCUUUGACAAUAAGUUCUUCACCUUCAGUGGUAUUUGUCAAUAUCUGCUGGCUAAAGACUGUCCAGAGCAACUCUUUUCUGUCAUCACUGAGACUGCACAGUGUGCUGAUGACCAAGAUGCCGUCUGCACACGAUCAAUUACACUGAGGUUCCAUGAUCUGCCCAAUCAGACGGUUCGCCUCAAGCAUGGGGGCGUGGUCUCUGUGGAUGGAAUGGACGUGAAGACACCCCUAAUUAAUGGUGCAUUAAGAGUUCAGAAUACUGUGUUGUCAUCUGUGAGACUGAGUUAUGGUGACGAUCUACAUCUGGAUUGGGAUGGCAGAGGACGUGUUUUGCUCAGACUAAACCCAGCCUAUGCUGGGAAAACGUGCGGUCUGUGCGGUAAUUAUAAUGGUAACCAAGGAGACGACUUCUUAACAGUGGGCGGGCUGGUGGAGACACGCGUCGAAGGAUUCGGCAACGCAUGGAAGAUGAACGCAGACUGUGACAAUGUUCAAUUGCAACCCUCAGAUCCCUGUAUUUUAAACCCUAAGAGAGUACGUUUUGCAGAAGAGGCCUGUGCCGUGCUGCUUUCUGUGAAGUUUGUGCCCUGUCAUUAUGUGGUCAACCCUGAGCCAUAUGUAAAAAACUGCCGCUAUGACGUCUGCUCCUGCACAGACGGCCAAGUUUGUCUGUGUGAUGCUGUUCGCAGCUAUGCAGCCGCCUGCGCAGCCAAGGGAGUGCUAAUCAACUGGAGGGGACAUGGAUACUGUGAACUGACCUGUCCGGAUGACCAGGUGUAUGAGGUGUGUGGGAGCGUGUGUAAUCAGACAUGCCGCUCUCUGUCGCUGCCUGACGGUGAUUGCAGAGGCUUCUGUGAGGAAGGCUGUUUCUGCCCCAGAGGACUCUUCCUCAGCGACGCGGGCGAGUGUGUGCCCCCCGAACACUGCUCGUGCCACCAUAACGGAGAGAUCUUUGAGCCUAACGACAUGAUUGGGGACCAUCACUCCAUCUGUGUAUGCGAGAGUGGAUCCAUGCAAUGCACUUCUAAUGAAGCCAGUGGAUCUACUCUGUCUGACCUCUUCUUUGACGAACAUUCUUCUUCAAGAGGACGGCGCUCUAUCACUUGUCCCCCUCCACUGCAACGGUUUGAGUGUGAGAGUGUGAGGGAUCCUGGGAUAGAGUGUGCCAAGACCUGCCAGAAUCUGGACCUGGAGUGUGUCAGUCAGGGAUGUGUGUCUGGCUGUAUGUGUCCACCUGGAAUGGUUCGACACAAAAAAGAAUGCAUUCCCCAAGACCAGUGCCCUUGUUACCAUAACAACCGUCCCUAUGCCUCAGGACAGAGCAUUAAUGUGGACUGCAACACCUGUGUUUGUGAGAAGCGUCAGUGGAAGUGUACGCAGCGUGUGUGUGACGGUGUGUGUCGUGUGAUAGGAGAGACACACUACAUCAGCUUUGAUGGACUCAAGUUCUCAUUUCCUGGACCUUGCCAAUACGUGCUAGCUCAGGAUUACUGUAACGGGGUGGACGGCACGUUUAGGGUUCUGGUGGAGAACUCUGCUUGUGGGAUCGCAGGCUACCGCUGCAGUAAAAGCAUCACAGUGAUGUACAUGGGCGGACUGAUUGUCAUGGAACACAACGAGGUGAGGAUGAAGAGGCCUGUGUUGAAAGAGACAGCGGUUGAGAUUGUGCGCUCGGGACAGUAUUACAUCAUCCUUCUGGGUAAACACAUCUCCAUCACCUGGGACACAGGAACCCGAAUCUCACUGCAGAUCAAUGGACAGUACAGGGGGAAAGUCUGUGGCCUUUGUGGAAAUUUUGAUGCCAUUCAGAAUAAUGACCUGUUGAGCAGCAGUAAUCAGAUGGAGGUGGACGCUGCAGACUUUGGAAACUCGUGGAAAGUUCGACCCAGCUGUGCUGACGCUGUUCCGGUUGUGUCUCAGUGCAGCACAGACAUGGUGAAGCUGGUGACGGUGGAGCAGUCCUGCCGUGUGCUCACCAGCACCAUUUUCAGGGAGUGCAAUAGUGUGGUGGACCCUGAGCCGUACUGGGACAUCUGUACUCAUGACACAUGCUCGUGUCCGUCUGUGGGUGAUUGUGCAUGUUUCUGUAACACUAUUGCUGCCUAUGCUCACGAGUGCGCUCAGAAGGGACUGGUGGUGAACUGGAGGUCCAACGACUUGUGCCCACUGAGCUGUGAGGAGUUGAAUAAGGACGCAGGGGUUGAGUGUGAGUGGAGAUAUAACGCCUGUGGAAGCGCUUGCCCUCCCACCUGCCAGCACCCUGAGCCUCUGAGCUGUCCCAUCACAUGUGUGGAGGGAUGCCAUGCUGUCUGCCCAUCAGGGCAAGUUUUAGAUGAGGUGCUGAGGAAGUGUGUGCAACUGUCACAGUGUCAGGUGUGUGUGCAUGACGGAGAGAGAAUCUCCCAUGGAAAACAGUUCAUCCUUAACCAUGACGAUCCUCAUCUCUGCCAGAUAUGUCACUGUGAGAGCAACACGUUGACGUGCGGCCCAUGUCCUGUAACUGGUUUCGCCUCCACACUAACACCAACCACCGUCAGCAACACCCCGACGCCGCUCCCGUUUUCCACCCCGGUGCCUGCCGAUGCCUGCGACAGAGCGAUGGACCUAGCCUUCCUCGUGGACGGCUCCUCUGCUCUGAGUGAAGAAGACUUCGGCUUGGUCAAGCUCUUCAUCCUCCGUGUGGUGGAGCGCUUCCGCAUGGGUUCGGCCCAUACUCGCGCCACGGUCCUGCUCUUCCACUCCGGUGUGAAAAGUUACGACAUGCAGGUGCAGAAGUGGAUCUUCAAGAAGAUGGUGCGUGAUCUGCGUUACAGCGGAGGCGAUGUUGCGUUUAUGGACGAGGCCAUAAAAUAUCUAGCCGUCUACAUUUACGAUAAAAACAAGCGCGAGCAUGCGGGCCGCGUCGCUAUCUUGCUGACGGCGAGUGCAAAUCCUCGGCCCAUGCGUAGUACACAGCGUCUGCUGCGUAAAAAAGACAUCACCAUCCUCACGGUGGCUCUAGGGCCUGACGUCAACAUGGCACAGGUUAAUGAGAUCACGAAAGCCACACCCAGCAGUCGCUCAUACGUGGUGAGCAGCGUGUCGGAGCUGGACGAUGAAGCUCUGGCCAUCACGGACUACCUCUGCACUUUGGGAUUGGAUCCUGAACCCCCAAAGAAACCCUCUACCACAAAGCCCAGCACCACUUCAGUCACCCCAACAACUACCGCCACCUCUAAGCUCACUCCCGCCACGAUUCCGCCAACCGCUGCCAUUGUAAACACAUUUCCCAGCAUCCCCAGCCCUGGAACAACAUUUCCUCCACCUACAGUAACAACAUACGAGGUCGUCUUCCUGUUGGAAAGCUCAGAUGCAGUUGGCGAGGAGGGCUUCAAUAAAACACGUGAUGCUUUGGUUGAUGUCGUUGCUUCGCUUGAUCAAAAAGAGGUGGAGAAUCUACGGAUCACAGUGGUGCAGUACUCCUUCACGGUUACUGUGGUAAUCAGCCGCAUGGAAUUGCAGCACAGGGAGCAGGUGUUGCAAAGAAUGCGACAAUUACGUUGGACCAAAGGUGUGGAGGUCAACACAGGCCACGCCAUUCGUUCUGUGUAUGAGACUGUCACUACAGACACACCCAGUAAUACGCCAGACCAGAUGGUGUUUCUCAUCACACAGAGCCCUCCGACGGACGUCAUUCAGCGGCCUCCGAGCUCCGCUCAUAAAAAAGUGUAUCCGAUUGGGAUCGGCCAACAGAUUCGAUAUGAGGAUCUGGUGCAGUUGAGCUUCCCGGAUGAACCGAUCAUGCUGGAUAAUCCUUCGGAUCUUAAGAUACUGCGGCCCAUGCUGAUCAAUAUCAGUAAAACCAUCAGAAGGCCUGUGCUGCCCACACUGCCACCCAGAGCUACGCUGCCCCCUUCAGUGCCGUGUUCAAAGCCCAUGGACGUGCUGUUCCUGCUGAGAGCCUCUUCUGAUAACCAGUUUGAAGACUUCAAAACAUUUGUGAGAACCUUUAUAAAGGGCACAAAUAUCGGUCGCAAUGACACACAGGUGGCGGUGAUAGUGUAUGGGGCAAAAUCAGCAGUUGCUGUCACAUGGAGGGAUGAACAGACAGAAGACAACCUUCUCAAGCUUUUAGAAACCUUACACAGCAAGACAGACAACACACCAAGACUAGGAGCUGCACUGAGAUUGGCCGUGCAGACAGCCAUUUCCUCCACCAGCGGGGGACGGAUGGGCAUCCCUAAAGCUGUGGUUAUGGUGGUGACAGACAGGUCAAUAGACUCAGUGCAAGAGGCAGCAAACGAGGCUCUGACCGCUGGUGUGUCAGUGUUUCCUAUUGGGCUGGGUAACCAGUAUGACCAGACUGAACUGAGCACGCUCGCGGGACGGCACGCUCAGGACAACAUCAUUCGGCUCAGCAGCACAGAGUACCUGCUCGCCAUGGCUGCACUCGACCAGUCGUUCACCGACAAACUCUGUAGGGCGGGUCCUCCUGGAGUGUGUGUGGAUGAUGAAGGGAAUGAACGGAAGCCCGGUGAGACGUGGUUGUUGCCAGACGGCUGUCACUCAGUGCUGUGCAACCCAUCAGGCACGGUAACGGUGCAGAGCCACCGCAUCAACUGUGAGAAGAUGGAGCCUCCCGUCUGCAAAAACAACCUCCCAGCCCUCCGCUACAAUCACACCUGCGGCUGUACCUGGACCUGUCCCUGUAGUUGCAUGGGCAGCUCCACUAGUCACGUUGUGUCAUUUUCGGGUGCGGCUCUGAAACUGAGAGCCGCUUGCUCCUAUUUGCUGCUUCGCUCAGGAGGGGUGGAGCUAGUGUUGCAUACAGCUGCCUGUCAAAGCUCACCCAAUCAGAUCUGCAUGAAGAGUCUGGAGCUAAGGAAGGGUGGAACGAGUGUGGUGCUACGGGAUGACAUGAAGGUGACUGUGGGCGGUGUGAUUACUGCAGUGCCAUUCAGAAGUGAGGGAGUGACUGUGACACAAAUUGGUGCAAUACUGCACCAGCUGAGAUCAGAGCAGCAUGGUUUCACACUCACCUUCACUCCUCACAGCAAUGAGUUCAUGGUCAAUAUGGACAUCACCAUGAAACCUAACACCACUGGCUUAUGUGGUUCCUGCUCUGAUGAUCAGACGGGUCUGCUGUUAUCUGACGGCAGUGUGACCACAGACCCUGACAUGUACCUGAAGGGGUGGGCUCUGGGCGAGUGUGUCCAGCAUCAGGAGGUUCAGUCAUGUACUGCAGGUGUGGCGAAGGGCUGUGAUGUGUUAAGUUCUGAGGUGUUCAGCCACUGUCACGCACUGGUCCCCCUGCAGGACUAUGUGCAGAUCUGUCGGACCGUGGCCUGCCAGCCUAAUGCGGUGUGUGACCUUGUUACUGCGUACAGCAGCGUGUGCCGUCAACAGGGAGUGUGUGUGGACUGGAGGACGCCCACCCUCUGCCCCAUGUCAUGCUCAGACUCAAUGGAGUAUGCCGCUUGUCGAACCGGAUGUUUGGAGCAGUGUGGACGGAGCCAGUUCAGUCCUGGUGACAUGAUGGGUGAUGGUUUAAUGAAGGGCAAUGGAUCAGUGUGCUUGAAAACUCCCACAGAAGGCUGUUUCUGCCCUGAAGGGUCAGUGUUAAUGGGAGAUAAGUGUGUAAGCAAAGAAACCUGCAGCCAGUGUGUGGACCACCAUGGGAAAACUCACAAAUUUAUGGAAAGCUGGAAUCCUGAGGAAAACCCCUGUCUUCUGUGUGUGUGUCUGGAUCAGCAGCGCAUUAACUGCACAGCGUUACCCUGCACCAACUCUAAAGCUCCAGAGUGUGGACAAUGUGAGGUUCUUCGGGAGAAGACGGGAUCUAAGUGCUGCCCUGAAUAUGAGUGUGUGUGUGACCCGAACUGUAAGCGGUCAGAUCCCCCUCACUGCGAUCACGGGCUCAGUGUCGUCCUCACAAACCCUGGAGAUUGUCUGCCAGUUUACCAGUGUGUUUGCAAAAAGGAUCAGUGUCCUGUGACAACAAAACCAUCCUGCCCUGCAUACAAGAAGCUGUCGGUCACACCGUCAGAGUGCUGCGAUUCAUAUGAAUGUGUGUGCUACUGUCAGAACAUCACUCGCACCUGCCCCUCGGGUUACAUCAUGAAGACAACUGCCAAUGAUUGCAACUGCAUAGAGGUCACCUGCACGCCCGAUAAGGUGUGUGUGGUGGACACUGUGGUCUACCAGGUGGGUAGCAGGUGGGAUGAGAAGUGUAAAACCUGCACCUGCACGGAGCAAGCAGACAGACAGACCGGCCUGCACAUCGCUCAGUGUGUGGACCCCGUCUGCAACCAGAUCUGUCCUCUGGGAACCACAUACUCUCACUCAGAGGACGAGUGCUGCGGUCACUGCCGUAAAUCCAGCUGCGUGGAAGGAGGACAUUUGAGACAGGUGGGAGAGCAGUGGGUGUCUCCGCAGGACAGAUGUGUGUGGAGCGAAUGUGUACAGGUCAAUGAGGAAGUGUUCAUCCAGCAUACAAACGUGUCCUGCCACCUCAUGGACACGCCAACCUGUCCACUGGGCACAGAGCUCCAGUGCAAUACAGUAGAAGACUGCUGCCCGACCUGCCACUGUGUUCCAAUGGAUGUCUGUGUGCUGAAUCAAACGGUUAUUGCGGCUGGAGAGCGAGUGAUGGUGGAUGUGUGCACACACUGCGAGUGUGUGAAAGAUAAGAGGAGUUAUCGGCUCUCUUGCAGGAAGAUGAGCUGCUCCCCCUGCUCAGAGGGAUAUACGCUGGAGCCCAUACCUAAUGCUUGCUGUGGCCGUUGUGUAGCAACUGAAUGUAGCAUCCGACGACCUGACAGACAGCUGGUCACUCUGAAAGCAAAUACAACACGUACAGAUGGCUGCACUAAACACACAUGCAGUGUGAAUAAGGAUGAAGAACUGGUGCUGGAGACACUUGUGACAACAUGUCCCCCGUUUGACCGUAAACGCUGUCUGGAACAUGGGGGUAAAAUAAGCCAGAUUGGAGACACCUGCUGUGAGAUGUGUACUGAGCCAGAAUGCAGAAGAACUGUGGGUUUGCUGAAUUACAUUAGAGUGGAUGACUGCCAAUCAGAAGAAAAGAUAGAACUCACGUACUGCGAGGGAAAGUGUGGCAGCAAGUCUAUGUACUCACUGGACAAGCACACGGUCGAGAGCGAGUGUGUGUGUUGCUCGGCUACAGGCACCGUGCCCAUGAAUGUUCCCCUGCGCUGCGCUAACGGCACACAAACACACCACCAAGUCCUUGCCGUCACUGGCUGUGACUGCAUGUCACACGCCUGUUUGACCGACUGAAAGCAGAGACACCCACUUGAUAAAAUAACAUGCAAGUGAAAAACUGCUACAAUAUACUUUCAUAUAUGCAUCUACAGCCAGUAUGUUGCUCAGUACAGUUUGCUCAGUGGAGUAACCGCUGAUAAUUGAGCACUUUAUCUCUGUUUUUAUUUCAACAUAUAAACCAUUAAGACUCAUCAUUAAUCAAUAAACAAUCAUUCCUGAUUACUGCUUUCCCAUUUUGCCACUAAACAAUCUGUCUAUACAAAUAUAUUCUUGAUCGUGAACAACUAUUAUGUGUGGUUGUAGUUUAUGGGUGUUUAUAGACUGACCUACAAUAAAGAACAAGUACUCGACUUGUACCACUCGGUGGUGCU